AGUAUCUGCCCCCAAUCUAUAUUCUCUUCUUUUUAGAUAAACCCUCUCCCUCCCCCCCCCCCCCCCCCCCUUCCUUUUUGGCUUCCAUUCCAUCUGUGAAUGACAAGUAAAAGAUCUUCCCCUCCUUCCAAGAUUUUUAUUCCUUCUCAAUAAAAGCUGAUCUCGAUCCAUCCAUCCUCUUACUUAUUUUGUUUUUGAAAUUUUAAUCAAUUCCUUUUUUCCUUCCUUUGCUUAUGGAUUCCGGUAGCGGAAGUUUGCAAUCUUCUAGUGGUGGUGAUGAAGAAUAUGAUUCUCAUCAUCAUCAUCAUCAACAACAACCUCAACUAGUUUUUCCUCCAUCCCCACUUUUCUUCAAUCUUCCUUCUUCUUCUUCUUCUUCUUGUUCUUCUUCAUCUCUUCUUGCUUGUUCUUCUUCUUCAAUUCCUCAUCAUCAACAAUCUCUUCCUAAUUUUCAUAAUUACCAAAAUAAUAAUCAUCAUCAUCAUCACCUCCUCCCUUCUUUCUAUGAUUUUCCUUCCUCUAAUUACAAUUUCAACCCUGAUUCUUCUUCCAAUUCCUUUGUUAAUCUCGACGUCUUAAGAUCUGGAGAACCCACCCAUUUCAGAAACCCCCCCGACGGAUCUACCCAAAACCAAAUCCCAACGAAUCGUUCAACCCCAUCAACAUCUUCCGGCGCUUUACAUCCUAAAGUCACUACCAAGAAACGAACUAGAGCUUCACGUCGAGCCCCCACCACCGUUCUCACAACAGACACUACUAAUUUCAGAGCAAUGGUACAAGAGUUUACUGGAAUCCCUUCCCCGCCCUUUACUUCCGGUGGGUCAUCCUAUUCCCGGCGAUUUGAUCUGUUUGGGUUGGUUCGAACAACAAGCAAUAACUCCACGGCUACGAGGCUAGAAGAUUCUGGAUUGGGAGUGGGUUCUUACCCUUCUCGAUCAAAAGACGACAAUGUUGAUGUUGGUGGGGUUUUUUCAUUUCAAUCGGUAUCUUCAGGGCAUGAUUUUAAUUCUAAUUCCAAGCAAGUUAGAGAAAAUUUAGAGAUGGAUCACAAUGUUGUUCAUGGGAGUAAUAGGCUGGUACAAAAUGAUGAAACCUGGAGAAGCAACCGCGGCGGUAGUACCACUGCAGCAACAGCAACAGCAACCGCAGCAACAGCAGCGACAGUGACAGCAAAUUCCAACAAUAACAAUAAUAAUAAUAAUGCAGCAAAUUUGGAUUCAGUUUACAAUAUAAUGGCGUAAAGACGAAGGUGGAAGACAUUUUCCAACGCCGUAGCAGCAGCUGUGUUUUGGCAAUUGCCGCAGUCUAUGGCGGUUCGAAAUUUUCCGGUCAGAAAUGGGGCCCUCUCUCUCUCUACUACCGGUGAUUUUGAAGGGAAAGAAAAUUUAUAUAUACAUAUUAUAUGAAGCUAUAUGCUUGAUGUAGGCUAUUCUCUAUUCCUACCCUAAUAUAUAUAUAUGUGAUGUUCAUAUUCUCUUUACCUGUUGUUGUUAUGUUAUUAGUCAAAUAUGUGUAAAUAUCUCUCUCUUUAAUUUAUCUCUUAUUUAUUUAUUUAUUUAUUAUGAUACAAACACUUUUGCACA